UGAUUCCAGCCGUGCAUUGCGGCCCAUGCGGAGCCAUGUCCAAGCCCCGACGUGCGCUCAAGCGUGCAGCAGGCGAGUUGGAGGCCAAGAUGGGCCUCGCUGGGUUCCAAAGGAGGCCGGCAAGGAGCUGAGCUUUGAGGACUUUCGCAGCCACUGGUCGCCCUUGGCACCAGGCGAGACCCAGGACUACUACUUUAGCUCCUACGCGCGCUUCAGCAUUCACGAGGAUAUGCUGAAGGACCGGGUACGAACUGGCAGCUACCAGCAGGCCAUCCAGCACUCAGAGGCGGUCUUUCGCGGCAAGACGGUGCUCGACGUGGGCGCAGGCACGGGGAUCCUGUGCCUCUUCGCCGCCAGGGCCGGGGCCAAGCGCGUCAUCGGCGUGGAGUGCUCCGAGAUCGCCUCCUAUGCAACGAAGAUUGCAGAGGAGAAUGGUUUUGGGGAUGUGAUCACCUACAUCCAGGGCAAGGUGGAGGAGAUAGAGCUGCCGGUGGACGAGGUGGACAUCAUCAUCUCCGAAUGGAUGGGUUAUUUCCUUAUCUUCGAAGCCAUGCUGGACAGCGUGCUGGUUGCUCGAGACAGGUGGCUUCGCCCAGGACGCGCGAUGUUUCCAGACCGCGCCCGGCUGUUCAUGGCUGGCAUCGAGGAUGCGGAGUACAAGGAAGACAAGUUGGGCUUUUGGAGCCACCACCGUGGCUUCGACUUGGGCCCCGUUGCGCAGCUGGCCUUGCAAGAGCCGAUCUCCGACAUCGUAGAUGCUUCCGCGUUGGUCACCGAGAGCAACUGCGUCUUUCAGAUGGAUCUCACCAAAGUGAGAAGCGGGGAUUUGGACUUUGCGGCGCCGUUUUCCCUCCGCGUUCAGCGCCAAGACUUCGUCCACGCCUUCGUCGUGUGGUUCGACGUCAGCUUUCACGCCUCAACCGGCGGCACGGUGCUCACCACGGCCCCGGGCAUGCCGGACACCCACUGGAAACAGACGGUCCUGUACCUCGAGGAGCCGCUAGUGGUCUAUGAGAACGACAAGAUUUCGGGCAGGUUGGCCGUUCGCAAGAACGCCACCAACCCCCGUGACCUGGACGUGAAGAUCGCGUACCAGUUGCAGGGCCAACGACCGCAGCCGGAGAGGGUUCAAGGUUACCUCGUGAGGACGGCCAACGUGAUCUCAGCUCGGAACCGCGAGUCUCGGCUUUUAGCUGGGCGUUUGGUGCUGGGAGCGGAGGCAGUGGAGAAGGAGAACUGCAAGGAAGAGGUCAACGAGGAUGAGGAGUUCCGAAAUCUGCGGAAGCAGGUGCGGCAGCAGAUUCUGGACAUGGACAAGAAGCGGCUUCCCCGCACCAACACCGGGAGCACUGAGGCGCCGCUGAGCGCGCGUCGGCCGUCCCGCGGCAUUAACACUGCGGCCGCUGCAGUCUUGCAGCCCUCCGGUUGUGCCGUGGAUCCCAUUUACUUCGACUACAACGCGGCAACCAGGAGACUCCGUGAAGCCGCUCAGGCGGAGAAGGAGAAGGCUGCAGGCGACCAUGAUGCUCCAAAGAUCAAGGAAAUGGUCACCUUCCUCUCCUCGCAGGGCCUGUCAGGUCCCAUCAGGGCUUAUGCGAAAGCAAUGGCGCUGCAGGGUGUCACGGAUCCGCGGGGCCUCCUGGAGGCUGACGCUCCCAAGCUGAGCAAGAUCCUGUCACUCUCCGAGCUGGAAAGUACCGAUGAGCUGCUGCUGCUGGAUGCCCUCCGGCAAUUGCGGUGA